UCCUAAAGCUUGACGCUUGUAUAUUUAGUUUUUUCCUUCUUGAAAAUUAUUUUAGAAAGCCACUGGUUAGAAAAAAACACAUCAUUUUUUAAAGUACAUAUUCAUUAACUUUCUUGGCUUUGGUUUUCUGCCUCAGCAGGAAGCUAAAAAUUUGUCAGAACAAGCAUUUGAUGCUCUAAAACUGUAUGAUCCUAUAGAGUAAAAUGCAUUUUUGCUUGACUUUUGCUAACAAAAACAUACUUUUUUAUUAAACAUCUUUGCAACUAACAUACAAGGUAUUUUAACACGUGCAUUUUUUUCCUAGUCUUUGAGCACAUAGACAUUAGUUUAUCAUUCCUAUAUAAACGUGUUUUACUUCACGAGUGUAUACUAUAAUUGUAAAUACAAAUGACGGAUAUAUUCCGUUCUGUCAUGCAUGGUUGUGUAAUAAAUGAAAUAUUAAUUUCAUACAUGCACAUUGCCAGAUCAUAUAUCUCGGACACGUACUUCCGGUGAUAGCGGAAGUACCCGAUGCACGUCCAUUAAAAGCAAAAUUAAUGGCUUUUGUAUAAAAUACUGUCAAAUAUAGAAGAACCGCGGACAAAUGAGGAGUUUGCAUUGACAAAUGAUGCUUGAUAUCGAACAAAGAGGCAGCGAGCGCCGUACGUGAGCGGACACCGGAGGUGAUUCUCCCGCAUGAAGGGGAGGAGGCUCAACAUGGAGGACUGCUUGCACACUUCCUCUGACAGUCUGGCUAAACUGGUGAAAUGGGCCCACAGUCACGGGACGAUCUGCACCUUGAUCCCCAACCUCAAACACAUGCUGAACGAGGGCUCUCACGGGACCCUCACGGCCCUGUGGGGCUGCAGCGCGGGGCACGCCUACCACUGGCCCCUUAACACCACCUGCAAAAAGGCAAGCAAAGAACGCAACCAAGAAAGCCGAAGCAUCAACACGGACAGCAUGAUCCAAGCAGUCGCCGUCAUGCAGAACACCUCAGAGCACUUCCUCGGCAGCGCCGCGAAAAACAAGGGCGAUCCCGCUCAGAUCCACGACUCCUGCGACAUCUCCAACUGCAGCGAACCGUCCGAGAUGGACGACAACGGCGAGGAGUACAACAGCCACCUGUACGACAUCGUCUGCGAGUCCUCGGCCACCGACGAAGACGGCGACUCCGAGUUCAAUCACGCCUCAAAUAUCACGCCCAGGAAAAGAUCGGGAGCCGAGGACAGCACGGACCCGGCGUUGAAGAAAAUCAAACAAGAGCGAGGCGAAGACUAUUACAGUGUGACCAACCCUCAGAUGCCCAGCAGCUCGGACGGGAAGCUCGUUACGCAGUCGCCCAAACCCCACGUCACACCAUCAUCCAGGUCUUCGAUGUCCCAGAAGCCUUCCUCAGUGGACGGGGACUCCAUGACGGUGUCCUCGUCACCGCUGGACAGCUCCCCUUCGUCCAUGAUCAAAUCCCUGCGUGCACCUUUCAACGUGACCCAGAACAAAAUGCAGGUGAACUCGAACCCAGCUUGCAGUCAGAGUGUGGCCACCUUGCCCCAUUCGGGAAGGAUUGACGCUAUGGGGGUGCUGCACAGGGACGAGUAUCCCAGGUCUUCCUUGUCUUACGGAGAGGCUUCUAUGGGUGUGAACCCUGAGAUGGAUCUUCUAGCAGCACAAGCACUUAAUACAGAAGCUCGAGCGGACAACACAGGUUCAAACGAGAAGAUGGAUUACACGGUGAUUUUGAAAGCCCUCCAUGAGCAUCUGAUUCCAGCUGCACACAGUUCAGAAGAGCAGUUCUGCCCGUCAGAUCUCAGUCCAAGCAGUGAGAGGUAUUUUGAAGAGAGAAAACACCUGGAAGAGUUUAUAACAGGCAUAGAUACUAUAACCCUACAAAACCUGCAGACGGUCAUUGAUCGAAUCCUGGUCUUUCACGAGCGGACGCAGAUGCCUCUGUCCAGUCCGGCCCGGCUGGGAGAGCAGGAGCUGUUUUCCGGGAGCGGACUCUCCCUGCCGCACUACAAACUGGCGUCCAUGCUGCAGGAGUCCCGGCAGGACAGCAUGAGACUCUUCCACCUGCUGUUCGAGCACUUCUUCAGCGAGGAGGACCUUAACGGGGCCGUCGCUUUUGGGAAGAGGGGGAAAGUCCCUGAUGGGAAAAAGAUCUUGGACAGAAGAAGAGUGGAUGGGAUUAUGUCGUAUGUUCUGCGUUGUUCUACUAUAGACGGAUGGACACCGGUGGAAUCAUCUAAACUGAAGAAGGCCUGUAUUAAUAAAUGCAGGCUUCGAAUCGGUCAGAAAAAGAAGCAAGAAACUUCUCAAGAGUCUUUUAUUUUUUGUGACGAACAAUCUUCAGGCAAAAAUGACCCUUCCUAUAUGUAACUGCUGAUCCCAAAAAUCUCCAUUCACAGACAAAUGCUAUUAUUAUAAAUGAAAUGAAAAUGAAAGCGUGUUUUGGCCAGCGGUUGAAUGAAAGCUAGCGGUCGGUGUCUUGGACAUGAACGAUUCAGUCUGGGAUCGUUUAAAGUUGAUUCAGUUUAGCUACAGCACUAACCGAUGAAUGAUUCUCGGUCAGACACAUGAACUAUUUCCAAACACUUUACAUUUCAACAAAACCAACAUUAUCUAUACUGUGAUAGUUAUUGACUAUUGACUUGUUUAGUCAACACAAACCUGUUUAUAACCAUUUAAACCUUUAGAUUAGUCAAGUGCUUAAGUCAUGUAGCAUUGUAACAAUCAAGACAAGAUAUUUUGAGUUUUGUCAAACCAUUCUGAUGGUUUUUACUCAUAUCCAAUAUCUUUAAAUAUAAAAAUGUGAAUUAUCACUAUAUCAAAACCACCUUAAACUGUAUUAUAUUGUUUUAUCUUACGUUUUUCCUCUGCUGGUUCCAUGAAAUGAUCUGUUUUAUUAGUCAGUGUCACACUUAAUUGACAAUAGAAUCAUUCCUUCUGCAUGACUGAGAGAAAAAUGGAGAUUUUAGAUAUUUAUAAGCAUCCCACAAAGUUUUAUUACUCCGCUCUUUUGUAUUGCAUUUGUAAUUUUUACCUAAGUGUUAUCAUGUGGACCAAUCAGCAUUUAACAGCAUAUAAAGUACUGCCAGAGAUUAGGUUAUUCGGUAUAAACAACCAGACAAUAAACAACUUCUGUGUUUAUUCUUGAUAUUUCAGAAUUUCUUACUGUGAGUGAGGUGUUGCAAUGAGUGUGUAGUGAAAAUGUCACUCAAGGGCUCACACAUUUACAAUAUUUCAAGGAAUUUUUUGGAUGGCAUUAGUAAAGGAGACUUUAAAACAUUGGAAGGCUCAGUAAGUCAGAUCACUUUUUGCAAUCAAGUAUUACGUUUCUUAUAAAAAAACAAAACUACUGUAGGUAGGUAUAUCACGUUGUCCACAAGUGUUUAAUGUAAAGAGAGGAAAAAAAAUGACAUUAGCAUUUAUUAUGGUUAUGAAAGUUCAGAUUUUUCAUAAUGGUUGGGAAGUCUUCACCUGACUGGUUUAAAAGUGUCUUGUUUUGUACCUACACACUUGCCCUUAUUUUAGCACUUUCACAAACCUGAUGUUUAUUUUUAAGUGUGUAAAUGCUCCAUCAUCCUGGUGUGUCUUAAGUGGUCUUAUUUGUCAUUUUUCUGAUGCGUUACAAUAAAAAAUCAAUGACCAAAUGUUGUCCUUGAUCUGUUUUUGCCUUUGAAUCAAUUGCUGGAAUUACUCAGCUUUUUUUGCAUAUGGCAUCUUAUAUUAUAAGGUAGGAGUCUUUUAGUGACUGCUUCUUAAUUCAGUGUAUUUUGUUUUAUUUUUGCUUUUACUAGUGUGCAUCAAUGAUUUGAUGGCAUUACUCUGAGGUGGUUGUAUGGUCUUUUCAAAUUAUGCUUUUUAAUGUAAUCACAAAAUGAAUUUAUUUUAAUAGGUCAUGGUAGAAGUAGCAAAAAUAAACCCACUUAAAGAAAAGGCAUUUAAAGAAGUAUUCUGAAGAAGAUCUAAAUUUAAACCAACCCAAACAAAGGCAAAGAAAUCUCUGGGGGAGUUUUUAAAUCAAGUAAAAACAAAAACUAACAACAAAAGCAAUGAUAAAUGGAACGCAUUUGAAGAUUUUGCAUGGCAGUCAAUCAGAAUAAAGAGAAGAAGCAUAUUUUGAGAUUUUACUAGAUUGAAAAGAUAUUUUGAAUACAGCUAAGUGAGAUGCAUUUGGGUAAAAUAAAAAUAGAUACUUUUUUACAUUAUUCAUACUAAGCAUGUAGAGCUGUGUGCUGUGAUAGAAACAAAAGUAAAAAAUAUGCAAUAUAAAUUUGCAGAAAUAUGCCAAAAUAGCAAGAAGUGUGUACUAUGACUUCUCCAGUGCUGUAAAGUCAAGUAGCUAAAAAAAACAACA